ACAGGAUCACAUGUUGAAUGGUGUAAACAGCUUAUAGCUGCUACAAUUUCUAGUCAGAUUUCAGGUUCAGUGACAUCAGAAAAUGUAUCCCGAGAUUACAAGGUUUUCAGGAGGCCUGAUAUAAGGGCUCUAAGGGAUGGAAAUAAGUUGGCCCAGAUGGAGGAAGCACCACUUUUUCCAGGAGAAUCCAUUAAGGUCAUUGUGAAAGAUGUCAUGUAUAUCUGUCCAUUUAUGGGAGCAGUGAGUGGAACCCUGACAGUGACAGACUUUAAGAUGUACUUCAAAAAUGUAGAGAGGGACCCACAUUUUGUUCUUGACGUUCCCCUGGGCGUGAUCAGCCGAGUUGAGAAGAUCGGAGCCCAGGGCCAUGGAGACAAUUCUUGUGGUAUAGAGAUCGUGUGCAAGGAUAUGAGGAACUUGCGACUUGCUUAUAAACAGGAAGAACAGAGUAAACUGGGAAUAUUUGAAAACCUCAACAAACAUGCAUUUCCUCUUUCCAAUGGGCAAACACUUUUCGCAUUCAACUAUAAAGAGAAAUUUCCAAUUAAUGGCUGGAAAGUUUAUGACCCAGUAUCUGAAUAUAAGAGACAGGGCUUGCCAAAUGAGAGUUGGAAAAUAUCCAAAAUAAACAGCAAUUACGAGUUCUGUGACACCUACCCUGCCGUCAUUGUUGUGCCAACUAGUGUAAAAGAUGAUGACCUUUCAAAAGUGGCAGCCUUUCGAGCAAAAGGCAGAGUCCCUGUGUUGUCAUGGAUUCAUCCAGAAAGUCAGGCAACAAUUACCCGUUGCAGCCAGCCACUUGUGGGUCCCAAUGAUAAACGCUGCAAAGAAGAUGAAAAAUACUUGCAAACGAUAAUGGAUGCCAACGCACAGUCACAUAAGUUGAUCAUCUUUGAUGCUCGACAAAACAGUGUCGCUGAUACUAACAAGGCAAAGGGGGGCGGAUAUGAAAGUGAAAGCGCUUACCCAAAUGCAGAACUCGUGUUCCUGGAGAUUCACAACAUUCACGUGAUGAGAGAGUCGCUACGGAAAUUAAAAGAGGUCGUGUACCCUUCAAUCGACGAGGCGCGGUGGCUGUCCAAUGUGGAUGGGACACACUGGCUGGAAUAUAUAAGGAUGCUUCUUGCUGGGGCCGUGCGAAUUGCUGACAAGAUUGAGUCUGGGAAAACAUCCGUGGUGGUGCACUGCAGCGAUGGUUGGGACCGAACAGCCCAGCUCACGUCUCUGGCUAUGCUGAUGCUGGACAGCUAUUACCGCACUAUUAAAGGGUUCGAGGCACUCAUAGAAAAGGAGUGGAUAAGCUUCGGGCAUAGGUUUGCCUUGCGAGUGGGCCAUGGUAAUGACAACCACGCUGAUGCUGACCGAUCGCCUAUAUUUCUGCAGUUUAUUGAUUGUGUUUGGCAAAUGACAAGACAGUUUCCUUCAGCAUUCGAGUUUAACGAACUGUUCUUGAUUACGAUUUUGGAUCACCUUUAUAGCUGUCUGUUUGGAACCUUUUUGUGCAACUGUGAACAGCAGCGAGUCAAAGAGGAUUUAUAUACAAAGACUAUAUCUUUAUGGUCAUAUAUCAAUAGCCAGCUGGAUGAGUUUUCUAAUCCCUUCUUUGUGAAUUAUGAAAACCAUGUGCUAUACCCUGUUGCUAGUCUGAGUCAUUUGGAAUUAUGGGUAAACUAUUACGUACGAUGGAAUCCACGGAUGAGACCUCAGAUGCCCAUUCACCAGAAUCUCAAGGAGCUGCUGGCCGUCAGGGCGGAGCUGCAGAAGCGUGUGGAGGACCUGCAGCGGGAGGCGGCUGCACGCGCAGUCUCAUCAUCGUCCGAGCGGGGCUCCUCGCCUUCCCACUCUGCCACCCCCGUCCACACCUCGGUCUGACGGGCAAGACCCCCGGCUCGGGCCAUCCUGCUGCUCCACGGGGACCUGGCGGUCGCUGUCAUGGCUGCAGCUCGUGAUCUUGUCUGUUAGGAUUAGGCCCCGGGACCAUUCGUGUGGCCAGGUGACAGCCCUCGCUGUUGCAAGCACUUUGUUUUGUGACCAGCCCGCGAUCCUCCCGCCCGCGGACUCACCGGGGAGCCGUCCAUCCCGCCCACCCUGUGAACCGGCUUCCCAGCGUCCAGGCAGCGGGUGAGACUCGAGGGAAUGCGGUCCAGUACUUAGCUUCAAGAAAGCCUCCCUUCAAACACACCGUCACAGAGGGGCCACAGGCCGGCCCGGGGCUCCUUCGGCUCCGCCACGACUGGAAAACCCCUGUCAAGUGAAACAUCUGGGGAGAAGACAGCCCACAGCCAUCCGCCCACGUGAGGCCCCCCGAAACAGUUAGUCGUGUACAUACAAGGUAUUUUUAGAGAAGAGACAUGGCUUUAUUUUCCUACUCGUUUUUUAUGUUAACGAGCGUCCCCGGGGAGGGGCCGCCUCGCUGCACCGUGGGGGAAACGCCCUCCCGGCCCACCUCAUCCAGUCCUCCGUGGCACAUUUGAGAGGAGACGAGCGUGGCAGUUCAGGGCGGUGGUGAGGCCUCGCCUGACUCUGGUACUUGCCUUCCGGGGCAGCCGGGUCCCUUGCUGGGAAUGUAGUCCCCGUGCCAACUGGCCGGAUGUCGUCCUCCGGCCCUGCCCGGGGUAAACUGAGGCCGCGGCGGCUGUGCACAGGGACGGCCUCCUUGACAGCUCCUUCAAGGGGCACUGCUGUCUAGCCCUCCUGGGCUGUGUGACCCUGCCUCCUACCCUCCCUUCAUAGCGCCGCCUGCUCUCGCCCGUGCUCUGCCUGUGCAAAAUAGCGCCUUGUUUUGUCUGGAUCCCUUCAGCUCGGGAUACGCAC